AUGUCUUUAUUUACAACCACGAUCCCACUCAGGCCUCGCGAUCCCUACAGGAUAACCAAGAACAACACUCCUCGACUCAUACUUAACCCGAAUUCCUGGCCUCAAAAUGGGGAUGUAAAUGGGGCGUCAAACGGGUCUCAAGAUGAGUAUAAUAUCGGAGAGAAGCCUUCCUAUUGGGAUAUCUCGACUAUCACGGAAGAUAUUGAGAUGGAAUCGAACCAACCAUGGGUGCGCCCCAAGAAGGAUAUCAAAUGGGAUCCUGAGGUUUCUUACGUAGAUAAGACUCAGAAGGAUGUCAAAAAGGUGGAAAGACCUCAGAGACAGAAACUCUGGACUCGACAGGAUCCACCUAUUCUAAAAAGAGAAGAUAUUCUCAAUGAAUGGGAGUGGACUGAGGUGGAUUAUGAUCUUGAUCCUAUGGACUAUGAUGCUCAGAUUGAGAGAUGUCAUGAAAGAAUCGAUGAUGGAAUCUUGCCUAUUCUUUUCGAACAUCGAUUAGCUGAGAUGACUGAGCUUAAGGAGAAACGAGAUAAAAUACUAGCAAAAUAUCCAGGGAAAUCGUUGAAUGUCGCAUAUCGCCUGGACAUGCUGCACGGAUGCCUGGACUUCAUCAAGAAGGAUUCGGAUAUGGAGAAUAGGUAUAAGCAGCGGAAGAACGUGAAGGCAUUGAUGAAAGCAUAUAAUUCGGGAAAGCUAGAAUGGAAUCCACGACUGGUAACAUACUGGUCACAUGGAAAGCAGCUUUGCCAGCCAAGGCCUUUUGACUGGGAUGAGUUUUUCUUUAUCAACGAGAAGCAUAAGGGAUGGGAGAGCUUUUGGGUUGAAGGGUAUAAUCAACCUCAGCCUAAGCCGUAUUAUUUCAACGGCGCAUUAUAUCCCGGGGACCCUGAGCAAGCUCAAACCAAUAUCAACCAGUUAGUGAGACUUCCCGGCACAACUGAGUACGUGGAAUUUGACUUCAUGGAUGAUACAGGCUCUAGUGAUAUGACACUCGCAGCGAAGGAUAUAGAUACGGUGAAAACAUGCGGCAUCCGUCAAAUUGCAGGCGGCUACUCGGACACGUCUUUGGUGCGCGAGACACAGGUCAGCAUAACAUACUACCACAUUGGACCCCUGUUCAGACUGCAAUCCAAAAUCAGGCCAACGCUCCUCGACUCGCUGGUCCUUGGCUUAGAGAUCAACUUUAUGUUCUGUCAAUUCCGGAUGGUCAGAGGAAUGUUCAUGUCUUUGAUGAACCUUCGGGCUUGA